GUUGCCAAAGAGUCCACGCCAACUUUCUUCAAUGUCCGCAUAGUAAGGACACAUCGGUAAUUUUGACUGCUUUUGGACGUCCAGAGUACGCAGCUCUGUAUUUUUCCCCGGAAACAGUAGAGUGUAUCCGGCAAUCCUGUUCCAAUUCGGAGUUUUGACUACGCUUCACCAAACCAUUCUUCCAGGGAUAAAUAGUUGAGGAGUUCGAGUUCAAUACCGUCGAACUUUCAAGGCGACUUAGUAGAGUUUGUAACAUUUACAGAAAGGGAAAGAUGGACGAUAGUUUGAAGAACCAAGUUGGAUCUUCAUCUGACCCCUCCAUGAAAAAUAAGGCGAAACAAUUGGUUGAUGAUCUUCAAGGAAUCUUUGUCAAGCUUCGAACUGCAAGAGAGGAGAACAGGGAUAUAGUCAUCUUUGAGGAGCAGGUACAUCAGAUGCUUCAAGAGUGGAAAACGGAAUUGAACAAGCCAUCUCCAGCUUCCUCCUUAGCUGAUGGAAAUUUUGGAUUAUUUCCAGAGGAAUUAGCCCAACUUUUGCAAGAGCUUGAGGAGGAAGACAAUGCCACUAGUGAACUGGCAAAGAGUGCACCAUUGAAGACUGAGCCAGAUCUUCAUAACACCAAUGACAGCAACCAUUCAUCAUUUCAGGACAAGUGUUCUGGUGAGGACCAACAAGGUCAUGCUCUGGAAGACUUUUCCCAAUAUGAAGGAGCUGCUUCAACUACAAACAGCCAAAACGCUGUUAAUAACUUAGUUAUGAUAACUCAAUCGGAUGACCAUCAAUUCAAUUUAAAUCAAGAUGUAAAUUACUUCACAGGAGGUCAUAAAUCUGAUUUGAUUGAACAGUGCGAUAUAUAUCAGGAAUACAGGCAAAACUCAGCAAUAAAAAGCACGGAUCCAGAUCAAUUUAUUUUAGAUGACAAUUUUGAUUGCAAUGUUUUUGUUGGAGUUGAUGAUAUCCAACAGUCUGGAGAGGAUAUUAUGCCUAAUAUUCUUCCAAAUAUAUGCCCUCCACCUUCUGCUUUUUUAGGCCCGAAAUGUGCUUUAUGGGAUUGCUUUAGGCCUGCUCAAGGGUUAAAAUGUUGCCAGGACUACUGCUGUAGUUCGCAUGAGCUUUUGGCAAAUAAUGAGGGUCUUCCUGGCAUGACUCCAAUUUUGCGUCCUGGGGGCAUUGGCGUUAAGGAUGGUCCUUUGUUUGCUGCUGUUAAUGCGAAGACGCUGGGUAAGGAGGUGGGCAUCCCUAAUUGUGAAGGUGCUGCUUCAACUAAAUCCCCUUGGAAUGCUCCUGAGUUAUUUGAUCUUUCUCUUUUUGAGGGUGAAAUGGUGCGGGAAUGGCUCUUUUUUGACAAGCCUAGAAGGGCUUUUGAUAGUGGAAACAGAAAACAAAGAUCACUCCCAGAUUAUAGCGGACGUGGUUGGCAUGAAUCAAGGAAGCAAGUGAUGAAGGAAUAUGGGGGACAAAAGAGGUCCUAUUACAUGGAUCCUCAGCCUCUAAGUUAUCUUGAGUGGCAUUUGUAUGAAUAUGCAGUGAAUAAGCAUGAUGGUUACGCAUUAUAUAGACUGGAAUUAAAGCUUGUGGACAAAAAGAAAAGUCCUAAAGGAAAAGUGACCAAGGAAUCUCUUGCUGAUAUACAGAACAAGAUGGGAAAGCUAACUGCCGAUGUUCCGUAAAAAAAUGACCAAGAUCCUAUGUGAUGGAUAACCAAUGGCCUAGUGUGGUACUGGCAAAUAUUGUGUCUCGUGAAAAAAAUUGGGGGAAAAAUACACUCCGUAGGUUGGUUUUGCCAAAUGUAGAUCUUUGGGCAUGCAUGACAACAUUUGGAAACUCUUUGACAUUCAUUGGAAAUGUCAUAUGAGUAUUUUAAUGGGUGAACGAGUCCAAUUACAAGUUCAUCUCAUAGCUAUUAUACUGCUUUUGGAUAUUGGUGUCAUAGAAACUAGUCAAUCUUUUCUUGCUAAUAAAAUGUUUAUUCCUUAGGGUAAUAUAAUUUUUAAGGUAAAGGUGCAAAUUUGGUCAUA